AUGACCCCGGCCCUUCAAGUUGUCUCUGUCCUGGCAUCCAUGGCCAGUCUGACAUUGGCUGCCAGCGGUUCUGGCCACUCAACAAGGUACUGGGAUUGCUGCAAGCCAUCGUGUGCUUGGUCUGGCAAGGCCUCAGUGUCAUCCCCCGUGCGAACCUGUGACGCAAACAACUCACCGCUGUCCGAUGCUGGAGCAGUUAGUGGGUGCGAUGGGGGCGUUGCUUACACUUGUUCCAACAACUCACCUUGGGCUGUCAAUGAUAACCUCUCUUAUGGCUUCGCGGCCACAGCUAUCAACGGUGGGAGUGAGUCGAGCUGGUGCUGUGCAUGCUACAAGUUGACAUUCACGAGCGGACCUGCUUCUGGAAAGGUCAUGGUCGUUCAAUCAACCAACACCGGGUACGAUCUCUCAAACAACCACUUUGACAUUCUUAUGCCUGGCGGCGGUGUUGGAGCGUUCGACGGCUGCUCUAGGCAGUAUGGCAGCAUCCCCGGGGAACGAUAUGGGGGUGUCACAUCAAGGGACCAAUGCGACCAAAUGCCAAGUGCACUCAAGCAAGGCUGUUACUGGCGAUUCGACUGGUUCAAAAAUUCAGACAACCCAAACUUCAACUUUGAGCAGGUCAAGUGUCCGUCCGAGCUGACUUCAAUCACCGGAUGUACGAGGUCUGAUGAUGGGCAAUUCCCUUCAGCAUGA